AUGUUCAGAUUUUCAAGCCAAAGUGAUCGUCCCCUAGACGGCGGUAAUUACUUGCAUCGAUUUCAGCGGGAGCUUAAGAAUAAAGUGAAAGGCUUGGAAAGAACGAAUAAAGGGGACGGAAAAUCAUGGAAAGCUCUUGAAAGGGCUUUACGAGUAUUGCACGAUGGCGCAAGAUCCAUCCCGCCGCUCGCAUCAGCAGUCGAGGGACUAAUUUCGAUUCUCUAUAUAUACGAGGAAGCUUCUCAGACCGAUAAAAAUCACGAGAACCUUGCGUCGAGUCUGGUGGCGACAAUAGAUAUGCUCGAACAACAAUUAAAGAUAUCAAAAUCCACCCGGGUAAAUGAAAAGAUAUUAGAAAUUACAGGUCUUAUUGAGCAAGAAGUACUCUCAAUUCGCGGAAGGAGAACUCGUAACGUAUAUGCACGUAUUAUUGCUACAUCGGAAACCCAAGAAGCAAUUCAGUCUUACCAACGGGUCGAACAGCUGUUCUAUCGUAUUCAGCUGGAAAUUGGUAUGAGUUCAUGGAGGACUGCUCAUGAGCAUUUAGAGAACGAAUACCUCGAAAAUAUUCAUCCGGUCAAGUUGGCCGCCUACAAUUCUAGGCUAUCAACCGAAAUAAACCGACGCGCAUGUACCGAGAACACUCGAACAGCCAUAUUGGCGAGGCUUUGCGAAUGGGCCAAUGACCCUUCAUCCAAAACCGUCAAUUGGGUGAGCGGGAUGGCUGGUACCGGAAAGACGACUAUCGCAUAUACGUUUUCCAAAAUUCUUGAUCCUCACGGACAGCUGGCAGCAAGCUUUCUCUGCACUCAGGCUUCCCCCGAAUGCCGUGAUGCUGGUCGAAUAAUCCCCACCAUUGCAUAUCAGCUUGCUCGAAAAUCAGCUGCCUUUCAAGCUGCCCUAUGCAAGGUCAUCGAACAGGACUCCGACAUUGGCUCUCGAGAUAUCUCUACUCAAUUUCAACUCUUACUUCAACAGCCUCUCCAAGAGAUACAGGAAAAACUGCCCAAUAAUCUAGUUGUAGUAAUCGACGCCCCGGAUGAGUGCGAAGACGCUCAGGCAGUGGGUCUGCUCAUCAGCACGCUCUUGAAAAAUUCUUCGACCAUUCCUGUCAAAUUUCUCCUUACCACUCGACCUGAAUUGGAGUUGGCCACUCAAAUGCAACGGUGGCUUCAAGCCCGAGACAUUUGCACAACCUCGCAUCUUCAUGAAGUUGACCAAUCCACUGUGCAAUCUGAUAUUGAACUCUUCCUAAAGGAAGAGCUCGCGUUUAUGGACCCAUCUCUUCAAGACAUCAAGCGCCUUGCAGAAAGCUCUGGACAACUUUUCAUCUAUGCAGUCACAGCUGUGAGGUAUAUACGACCUGGAACAAUGGGAAUCGACCCCUACGAGCGCCUGGAAACCAUGCUGACGGUGAAUUCUAGGUCUCAGAAAAGGUUCGCACACAUUGAUGCCCUAUACUCUACUGUUCUAUCAACAGCCCUUAACAACGUUGAGCUGGAACCCGAGGAGAGGGAUCGAAUAUUACAAGUACUAUGGACCGUUAUCUGCCUUCGCGCACCUAUUAGCCUUGAAGCUCUCAAGGCAUUGACAGGAUUUCGGAACGUGAAGCAGACUUUGACUGCAUUGAAUCCGUUACGCUCAGUUCUCCAUGUUUCGGAAGCGAGCAGCUACGUUUCGGUUCUUCAUCAAUCAUUCCCUGAUUAUAUGCAUAACCCAAAGCGUUCUCUAGAGUUCUCUUGUGAUUCGAAAAAACAAAAUCGGUUACUUGCUCUCCAGUGCUUCAGUUUAAUGAAGUUAUCACUGAAAUUCAAUAUAUGCGACCUAGAAUCGUCCUUUAUUCUCGACAAGGAUGUGCCUGAUAUCAAACAAAGGAUCGAUAACAACAUCCCAGAUUCACUUGUCUAUGUCUGUCGGUACUGGGUCGAUCACCUUGGACUAGCCGAGCCGGACCAAAAAAUCUUAGCAGAUGUAGAGGACUUCUUGUCUAAGAGGCUCCUGUUCUGGAUGGAAGUACUCAAUCUUAAUGAAUGCAUAGGAGUAGGGGUGGGUGCUUUACUGAAAUUGCAAUCUUGGUUAGCGACGUCUCGAUCGUCUGCGUACUUGCUUGAAAUGGCUAGCGACGCGAGUAAAUUCGUAGCCGGCUUUGCCGGAUGUCCUGCAUCAUUCUCGACCCCUCAUAUCUAUAUUUCCGCACUGGCCCUAGUCUCCAGUUCAAGCCAUAUAUUUACCCUCUACCGGAAGAAUAUGCGAGGGCUGCUGGAUAAAACGAGCGCACAGCUAGUGCGGAACGUAAAUCAAAACCAUACGCUUCCCUUUCCACAGCAUAUAGAAUCCGCUGGCAGGCCAUCAGCCCAUAUAUCAGUAUACCCUCCUAACGUCAGCCAAACCCUGGUGCAUGGUUUACUUCCCGUCAUAUCACCAAGUGGCAUCCCCACGAAUGAACCAGGCGCCUACACAUUUGUUGCGCCCAUUGGAAAUCAAGUGCCUGGCAUGAAUACGGGUGCACCUAUGGCGUUUUCUCUAGCGAAUCGCCACCCCAUGGCCACAGCCCCCCAUAGUGCACCCGUUCCACCGCUACGGUUUAUUACGUCUAUGCCGGUCGUGCCGAACGGCAACGCUAGCACCGGCCCCUUACUAGGUGCCAGGGUCUUGUACGCAACGCCGCAAGCCGGAUCACACACCCGGGUUACAUUGACUCCUCCGCACCAAUUCGUAAGAACUGAUAAUCUAAGCGACCCGAAAGGCCGCUCUCCUGGCACCUAUAAUGGAGGAUACGGGUAUCGGUAUAGGCGAGACAGCACGAAAUCAGCUGCCGAGCCGAAAUUAAAUACGCCUGAGAGAAAUCAGAUGUCUGGGAAGGAGAUCGCUUCAACCCAUACUUCCAUAAAACUAUCGGGAAGCAUGCCUGGCUCGCAGGCACACCCUAACCAGGCCUACCCUCUUCAUCUUCGGUCCGCAAACGAUACAUUAUUGAACAGUCGAAUAGAGGAAGAAGAUAGCGAUAUCGAGUUCGCAGUCGGUUCAUUUCCUCCGAGAGAACGGGAGCAGAUGUCACUAGUUCGGGCUCAGCAAAGAGAUGUUGUCGAGCGAACAGAACCCAAGGCCGUAUUGUUGUUUCCUCAAGAGUCUGGUGUUUCUUCUCUUAAUUAUCCCUGGCAAAUUCGAAGCGAUGGAUGGAUCCUGAAUCGCAACGAGGGGCUUCUUCUUUAUAUUCCGAAUGAGAGGAUUGGGUUAUACAGUAACCUUAAGCUCCUUAACGUUACUCGACAAGAUAUUCUUCCCGGCGUGGACUGGGGAAAGUUAUACAUGGGUAAUCAAUGGAAAAGGUGUUAUAUCGGCGGCGAUUAA